AAUGUCAUUAUUUAAUUGGCGGUUUUAGAAGUGGAUAAAACAUUAUUAUUUUUUAUAAACUACAAUGUCUGAAAGUGAUGAAACUUUGUCAGAAUUAUCUCAAAGUCGAAUUGAACGAAACCGCCAAAAGGCAUUGGCAAUCAGGCAAGCUAAGUUGGUGUCCCAUCCAAACGCAAAGAGUACUGCUAUAUCCAUUGAUAAAACUACAAUAAAAAUUGGCUCUACUCGAUAUAAAGACACAGGAGGUGGAUUUUUAUUAGAAGAAGAAUUAGAAAAAGAAAAACUUGAGUCAGAGGCAUCAGCUGAGCCCCCUGUUUUGGAAGAAGAUAGACCUAAUUGCAUAAAAUGUAAAAAACCAAUUGCAACAUCUUGGCUUUUUGAUAAUUUUCAUUAUAAGUGUUGUGAUUCUUGCAAAGAUUUAGAGGAGCACAAACUCAUUACAAAAACAGAAGCCUUGAAAACAUACUUGUUGAAAGACAUAGAUUUAGACAAACGGGAACCUCCGCUAAAAUAUAUCACCAAAAAGAACCCACAUCAUGUGCGAUGGGGGGACAUGAAACUGUACCUCCAGCUCCAGGUGGAAGAGCGGGCAUUGGAAAUUUGGGGUAGCAAGGAAGCAAUGGAGGAGGAACGUCUCCGUCGUGAGGAUAAACGGGUUAUUUUAAAAGCAAAAAGGUAUCAGAAGGAGUUAAAGGAGUUGAGAAUGUCUAUGAGGAGUAGUUUAUAUGAUAGGACGUCAGCCGCUGCUCAUGUUCAUGAAUUUGGUCCUGAAACAUAUAAUGAGGAGGAAGAUACGUAUAGUCGUAAUUGUUUAACGUGUUCAUAUGUAGAAACUUUUGAAAAAAUGUAAAUGAUUUUAAUAAAAAAUAUCACUUAUAAAA